AUGGGGAAGAUCCUGUCGGUUCAGCGAGGGCGCAUCCCGGUGCUCGUCGGCGAGGGGAAGGAGAUGGAGAGGGUGGUGGUCCACAUGGAGGAGCUUCACCACCCUUGCUUCCUUGUGCUGCUGGAGCUGGCAGCAAUGGAGUUUGGGCAUCACCAGGAGGGUGUGCUCAGGAUCCCUUGCAGCGUCGAGUGCUUCCAGGCGACUGUUGAGCUCAUCAGAGGCAGCAUGCUGAUUCGAAAUGUUAAUGGGUCAUCAAGAAAUGGCCCUUUCAGAAUUCUCGGUUGCUUUUGA